GCUCAUGAGCCAAAUCACUCUCUCGGUUCUGCAAAAGCUAUUAGAACUAGACUACUUGGGUAGUUGGAGCUUGAGCCUAGCUUGGUCGGCGCUUCGAAUUUCAGAGCCACGGCGCUGCCGAGUUUGGGAAUUAAAAGGCAUUAUACAAUGUUCAUAUCAGUGGCAUUGCAAAAUCGCGAUUCAUAGUCGUGGGUGAUGGACAGAAGGAAGAAAGGAAAAAGAAGAAUCUGAACUCUGAAGACGAAUCAUCGACUCCUAUCUUACUAAUCGACUUUCGACAAAAUUGUAAUCUGUUUGCACGCUGGAUCAUAUGGCGUCUCCUCCUUCUCAUCAGACUUGUGUUCCUCUCCCUUCCGGUGCAGGUGAUAAAUGCCCGGAUCAUGAAGCCCAGCUAUUGUUGGUUCCCAUCCAUAUUGUUACCCAUGCAUCUCAACUCCCCAUUGAAUUUCUGGAACCCUCUCCUGAAAGGCCAUUGGUCAUUGGCUUUGAUUGUGAGGGUGUUGAUCUUUGUCGUUAUGGAACUCUUUGUAUUAUGCAGCUUGCAUUUCCAGAUGCUAUAUAUUUGGUUGAUGCUGUUCAGGGUGGGGAGAUGCUUAUGAAAGCCUGUAAGCCUGCACUUGAAUCUAGUUACAUCACAAAAGUCAUUCAUGACUGCAAACGUGAUAGUGAGGCUUUGUAUUUUCAAUUUGGCAUAAAAUUGCACAAUGUUGUUGAUACUCAGAUAGCAUAUUCCCUGAUAGAGGAGCAAGAAGGAAGGACAAGAUCACCAUAUGAUUACAUUUCUUUUGUUAGCCUACUUGCAGAUCCACGCUAUUGUGGUAUAUCAUAUAUUGAGAAGCAAGAAGUCCGUGUGCUUCUUAGACAGGAUCCUGAAUUUUGGACAUACAGGCCAUUGUCUGAACUGAUGGUCCGUGCAGCUGCUGAUGAUGUCCGCUUUCUCCUUUACAUCUACCACAAGAUGAUGGAAAAAUUGAAUAAACAGUCCUUGUGGCAUCUUGCAGUUCAUGGUGCACUGUAUUGUAGAUGUUUCUGCAUCAAUGAUAAUGAGUACGCAGAUUGGCCAUCUCUCCCCCGUAUUCCAGAUGACCUAGCUGCGGAAAGGAAUGUUCCUGAAGAGGAGAUCCUGUCAGUAUUAAAUGUACCUCCAGGAAAAAUGGGACUUGUCAUUGGAAGAAGGGGAGCGUCAAUCCAGUCAAUCAAAGAAUCUUGCAAUGCGGAAAUUCUCAUAGGAGGUGCCAAGGGACCACCUGACAAGGUAUUCAUUAUUGGACCUGUGAAGCAGGUGAGGAAAGCAGAAGCCAUUCUAAGGGGAAGGAUGCUGGAAAUGUAUUGAGAACUCCAUUGAAAUGUCCAUCCUUUUUCCUGAUCUUUGUAACUGAUGGCUACUAGACCAUAAACUGGCCAUCCUCGAGAUAAUAUAGCAUGUAAAAUUUGAGCUGCUUCUUUAACAGCUCCAACCUGCCUACCCAUAAUAUGUACAGAGAUGAUCAGUUUCUGUUUAUCUCAUGUCAGUAUUGAUGUUGCUAUUGGGAGUAUAUUCCCCAAUAUUGAUGCUGAGAAAAAUGAGCCUGACUGAUGAACUGAGAGGCUUGGCUAAAUGUGUUGAUCAGACUUUACUAGCA